UCAUUUAAGGAAGCUCUCAAAAAAGCCCUCACUUUCUGGCUCCUGCAAGCACUGGGAGAGUGAGUGGUUCCUUAAAUUUGCGACCUGACUGCCAUGGCCAGGCUCUGCCUCCCCUCAGUCGGAGAAGUUCCUCCGCUUCUCCUUCCCACAUUGUACCUUCCACUGAGCGCCAUUUUCUUUAAUGACUUAGAAGGAAGUAUUAUGCUAUGUUGUCACUUGUAAAUAAUUUUCAACCAGUUUCUUGAAAUUCUCAGAAAACUUGGGACAGCUCCUCUAAUCUUAGAAUGCUGGUGUAACUCGUUGUGUCUCCUUACUCAAUCACGUGGCUGCUGAAGCUUUGCUGGAUGUGAGUCCGGGAUACGCUGACCUGCUCCGACGUGGACUGAGAUUGACAAGUGUGCCUGCCCCGGAACACCGCCUCUCUUUUACUAGUUCAGAGUGCCGGGAGGUGUUCCACAUCAGAAACAGCCCAGUCUUCAACUAGGGCCACCUGCCGGGAUGUCUAAAAGGCUCCCUUCUCAGUUAGAGCAAAAAAUCCCAGAAGAUGCCUGCUGUGAAAAACACCUGGAGCCACCACAGCUGUUCUGCGGUGAUGACCAAAUGAUGCUUUGUGACAAGUACUUCCAGUCCCAGGAGCACAAGACUCACACGGUGUAUGGAUUACAAGAGACUGCUGAGAAUUACAGGAAGUUAUUCCAGGAGAUAUUGACCACACUGAAGGAGAAACUUGAAGUAGCUAAAAGCAUGUUGGCUGAUGAGCAAGAAAGAAUGGUGAUGAUGCAGGUCAGUGCUUGUAUCCCAGAUUUGAGAUCUUCUCUUUCCAUUUUUAAAGAAAAUAAGCAUCUAGUUGAGAAUGAGAAAUUGCUGAAUGGUAAUCAGGAGAUGCUUCUGCAGAGACUGAACAAUCUGGGGAGAGAGAACGUGAGUAAACUGAAGGAGAGUGAAGUCAGGCUGUCUGAACAUACCUGCAGCCUCCAAAAGAUCAUCGCAGAGUUAGAGAAGAAGUGUGGGCAAUCCGCCUCAGCGUUGCUGCAGAAUGCAAGAUGUGCUUUGGAAAGGAGUGAGUCACUACUGCUUCAGUGUUUAGAGCCUGCCCAAAUCACAGACCUGAAUUUAUGCCAAAUAACAGGAAUGAGCAAAAUGCUAAAAGUGCUGCAAAGACCUAUCACUUUGGACCACAGAACAGCUCAUCCCUGUCUGGUCUUAUCCGAGGAUCUAAGAAGCGUAAGACUCAGAAAUGUCCAGCAGGACACGCCUGGUCACCCAGAGAGAUUUGACUUCAGCGCCACCGUGUUGGGUGUGGAGAGCUUCACCUCAGGGAGGCACUACUGGGAGGUGGAUGUGGAAAAGGCAACGCAGUGGCAGUUGGGUAUAUACGAAGGUUCUGCCUACAGAAACGAUUCCAGGGAUAAAGUCCUACUCAUGGGAACCAUGAUGGGAACCGAUUAUAUCUUCUGGGCCUUUCCCCCUUUAAGAAGGAUCUCCUUGAGAGAGCGAGUGCACAGUGUUGGAGUUUUCCUGAACUAUGAGUAUGGGCAAGUGUCCUUCUAUGAUGUGACAAAGAGAUCCCUCAUCUAUAAUUUCUCUGGCCUUACCUUCCAAGGAGCUCUCAGGCCUAUAUUUUCUCUUUGUGUCCCAAAUGGAGGCAUGAAUUCAGACUCUCUGAGCAUCUGCCUCCCACAUGUUUCCUCUUGUAAUGGGACUGUUAGCCCUCAGUCUUCUUUGGUGUGAAAUCUAAGAUCACAGGAGGCAGAAAUGUUACAAGCAUGUCUAUAUAUUAUUUUACAAGAUAGUCUAAUAAAAUAUUUUUAGCACUUGGGAGUUGGAACUCAGCUCAACACCCCAGAGCUUUUGCAUUCAUCUGGCUUUGUCAGCACCCAUCUCAUGAAGAGGUUACAUUUAAGCCGAAUCACAAAUGAUAAUAACUGAAGGAACCCACACCAACUAGGACAGCAGAUGCCUGUGCAGCUUCAGAUUGGGGAAUUAGAAAAAGAAAUAUAAUCUGGGGUCCUUAGGACAAGGUUAAGGACUCUAGAGAUUUCUGAAAACAGAAUUAGGUAUAAUCAUGACUUUAGAUUUGAGAAUAUUAUUAUAGUGACUGUUUGAAGACUUCUAACAUCAUUCUAAGUAGAGAACAGCUUAA